AUUCGACUGUAUGAAUCCCACAGUAUGAUCAUUGCUUUGAUCCUUCCAUCUUAGUAAAGAUGAAGUAGUAAUAGUCCUCAUAUCAGAUGGUUAUGAUAAUUGUAUAAACAGUCAAUCUCGCCCGUACUUGAACAAUAGCGGUGCAGCAAUUUUUUGCUGUCAACUUGCUCAGCCCGUGGAAGCACAGAAGUCCCGUCUCUAAAAGCAACUUUCACCCAUUUGGGCAUCUAAGUAAAGCUGCUCCACUUUGAAUGUUCUUCUUCCAACAAAAGGACUCUCCUAAUCUGUCCCUAUAUAUAGUCUAGCGUGAGAGCAUAAGUUCAAACAACUUUCUGCUUUAAAACCCCUUUUCUCUCUUGCCUGCUCCCGCCCUAACAUUACCAUUGGAUCCAAUUCUAGUUGAAUUUGAUCUGGUGGUCUUUAGGAUCUGAAUAGACUCUAGAGAAGGCCAAGGACUUCUUCACAUAGUAAGAAGGCUUAAUCGAUCAGGAGUGACAACAUGGAUAAGGUGUUGAGAUUGGCCUCUCAGCAGGGGGUAGUGAUAUUCAUCAAGAGCACAUGUUGCUUGUGUUAUGCAGUCAAAAUCCUGUUCCAAGAAAUUGGGGUGGACCCUCUGGUUCAUGAGAUUGACCAAGACCCUGAAGGCAGGGAAAUGGAAAAGGCUCUCACAAGGAUGGGGUGUAGCGCGCCUGUACCGGCUGUAUUCGUUGGUGGAAAGCUGCUGGGAUCCACCAAUGAAGUCAUGUCCCUCCACCUCAGUGGCUCACUCAAUCAAAUGCUCAAACCCUACCAGUCUCAAACUUAAUUUAAUUACUGCUUCAGUAUCAAGUUGGAAGAAUAAAAAUUGGCUCGAUUUAGUAGUAUAGCUAGUGCGCUGUAUGCUUAGUAGUCUAUGUAGACGUUGUUUGUGUUAAGUGCUUCAUAGCUUUGAUUAGCUUGUGUGUAAUAUGUUCCCAUAUGUCAAUGGAGUUAGCUUUGUAUAA